CCGUACUUCAGCAAAGGUGGGCGGACGCUCCAAUCGGGGUGGAACAUCGUUGAACACAGUUGUCUUCCUGACCUGAUUGCAGGCGUCUUCAAUCGUGGUGGCAGACGUAGACGCAGGUGGGUGGGGGUGGACGUUGUUUUUCGUGUUGGAAGGGCGUAAUGGAGGGCUGCGAUGGGGAUGGUCGUGUUGUGCUGUCGAGGACGGAGAAGACAAUUGUCGCAAGGGCGGCCGGGCGCAUGAAGGCAACGCUUUCGAGGCGGCGGCAGAGGCUUCUGCUGCAGAGGGUGUUGGACGCCCCGGACUGCAUUACCACUUCGGAGGCCGUGGUUCAGCUGUGCGCUGCUAUCGAAAGCGGUGUGCUUCCUCGGGCGACGCCUCGUUGGUGGAUGAGGCGGAGAGCUGGCGGGACUUGGGAGGAUUUGCGGGUGUGCGAUGACACGACAGACGACUACUUCCGGGAAAAGCUCCGCAUGUCCAGGAGUGUUCAUGGAGAUCACCGAAGCCUGUGCAGCUCAUUUGCAACGACAGGUGACGUUUUACAGGGAGCCACUUCAGCCGGAGCAGAUCGUCGCGUAUGCGCUGUACAGGUGGGCUACAGGAGAGUCAUACGACAACAGCACAUCAUCCUUCGACAUGGGCAGGGCUUCCGGAGUUCGAGCCGUGCGCGAUAUGACAAGCGCUAUGUUGAGGGUGUACGGGGACAAGAUAUCGUGGCCGACGGGGGUGCGGAAACACGUCGCGCUACGAGCGUGAUGGUGGACCUGGAUCUGCUCGUGCUUGAUGUGUUCAUUGGAUAUCCGGGGAGCUGCCACGACAUUAGGGUGAUCCAGCUGUCAAGUCUGUCCAGGCGCGCGGAAGAGGGAAUGUUGUUUCGUGGGCCGCCUGUCACGCUGCCGGGAGGGGUGAGGACGAUCGGAUACAUCUUGGGCGACAACGGGUAUCCUCCUUCUGAAUGGGUGGUGGUUCCAUAUGGAGGAAUCAAUCAGCACCCAAACGAGGAAAGGUUCGACACGAAGCAGAAGGUCGCAAGAGGGGUUGUGGAGAGGGCAUUCGGGAGGUUAAAGGGGAUGUGGAGGCUCUUCCUGCGGACGCACAAGACGAACCUCGACACUCUACCGCAACAGUUCACAGACUUCUACAUUCUCUACAACAUCCUGAUCGACGCCGGUAUCGAGUUCGACGAGAAUCUGUUGUGGGAGGUCGACGAGAACGCGGUGAGGCGCCGAGUGGACCUGGGGAUUCAUCAUCCCCCGCAACCAGUGGCGAUGUUGACUUCAACGCACGCGGCACACACGCUCCGCAAUGCGCUGGCGGAACGAAUGAAACACAUGUGAUCCUGCCUACCGCCUGCCUGUUUCUCUCCUAGACUUCUUCGUUGAAGUUGUGUUCCGCCGUCAUCGAUUCACAACGCUUGCGUCUUUCGCUUGCGCGCGCAAUUACAAAUA